AAGGAUAAUAAAGUGAUUUCUUCGGACAAAUUUGAGCUAAAAGUUUACAAUUCUAUUGAAACGGAAGGAAACAAAGAUGUUUAUGUGGGCACAGAAGGGGAUGCCUUCACAAUGUUAUGCUUCUCUAAGUUUGAUUCUGACCGCGAGGCCACUGAAGCCCAGGUCUCAUGGAUUCACAACAAUAUUCGCAUUGUAGACGACAAGCACUUUACGGUUAGAUCUCGAGUGGAACAGUCUGUCAGUCAGAAGACAAUCAGAAGUACACUCAGCUUCAAAAGAUUGAUCAAAGAGAAUGAAGGCGUCUAUACGUGUGAAUCGGUUUACGCCAACCCUCUCCUCACAGACAUGAAGAGUAUAGACAUUAAUCUCAGAGUUCAAUUUAAGCCUCGCUUCCCAGAAAACACACCAAGAAAUGUUUGGGUUUCAGAUGAGACCCAAUCUCCUGUCAUUGUAAACGUGACAUGUCUUGUGAACGCCGAUCCCAUCGCAGAGUUCCAAUGGUUCACAGGACGUGGUUCUCCCAUUGACAGAGGUAAUGAUGAGACCCAAUCUCCUGUCAUUGUAAACGUGACAUGUCUUGUGAACGCCGACCCCAUCGCAGAGUUCCAAUGGUUCACAGGACGUGGUUCUCCCAUUGACAGAGGUAAUGGCGGUCUGGAUGUUAAGCACAGAAUCAUAAACACUGAGAAUCUAAGUGUUUUGUCUCUUGAAUACGAGAAUAUCGGCAAAAUUGUGAACAAAUUGAAUGACCCGAACGGCCACUCGAGACAAUUCCAGUGUAAGGCCAGGAAUACCAUCGGAGAAGAGAGAAUCACUUUCGAGUUGAAUGUCGGAAAACUUCCCGAACAACCCAUUCUC